UUGCUCGGCGCGUUGGGAGAUCCAGAUGCUCGCUCGCGCGCGCGUGCAGUGAGCUGCCCUGUUACUGCUGCUGCUGCAGACAAGCGCGCGCGGAUCGGAUCAUCCCGGGGAGAAACCUGCGGAAAACACGCACCACGUUUCCACGGAGGGGCUGGAUGCAUUCAUUCACUCAUAUGCACUCAUACACUCAGACAAACACAGUGACACACGCAGGCAUGCACGCGGGCAGGCAGGCACGCACGCACACACAUACAUCUAUUUCUCUAUCUCUAUUUCUCACUCACUCACACGCACACUCUCUCUUACAGUCAGUCAAUCAGUCAGUCAGUCGGUCCGGUCGUUUGCAUGCUAGCCCGCAUUGAUAUCCUGGGAAUAAAACUGCAGCAAAUUUGGGAAAUAAAUAAAGGAGAACAGAAAGGAACAGGAGGAGAACACCAACAUCACCACCACCACCGCACCACGACCACUAUACUGCUACACCACUGCUCUCUCUCUCUCUGCAACUGCUCUGGAGUAUCAGCGGUGCACCAGCAUGGAUAUGCAGCAGCAGCUCGUGGACUGAAGUGGACCUUCUGCUGUGUUUUUGAUUUUUUUAAUAUGUUGUUCCUUUUUUCCCCGCUCCUCUUCGAUUUUGCUCUCGUUUUUGGGUUAUUAUGUUGGAUUGUGCGUAAGUAAGGGACGCGCUCGUGCUUUUUCACCGGUUACAGCUAGUUUAAGUCUGCUCUGGUUUUUCCACGCUGCGUCUUUUCCAUGUCGUCCGCUAUCCUACAGUGUGUUUGGGCUCCCUUCGCUUCAUUUUCUCUGACUUCUGCUGCCGCUACUGCUGCCGCUGCUCCUUCGUUUUGUGGAAGAUUGAUGGUGAAAAGACUCGGCUCUGCGCUGCUGAGAGGGGAAAAAUAGCCGUGAAGCUAAACUGAGCCGUGUCAUGGAGGGCAAACUUCAUUUGUAUCUGCGAAACGAAUCCGGGAAUAUUGAAUAGCUGCUGCUGACAGAGAGCAGGACAAAUGACAUAGGAUGAACACUGCUGGUCAGCUCUGCCUGUCUGUGCUGUCGUCCCUUCUCGCGCUGGCCUGGGCUGUGGAGCCGCUGGGCCAGAGCACCCCCUGCUCCUCUCUGGUGGCGGGGGUCUUGUACGGCUCCUUCUCACUCAGGGACCUCUUCCCAAACCCCCUGUCUCUGGCUGCGGGCUGCUCCUGGACGGUGGAGAACCCCGACCCCACCAAGUACUCUCUUUACUUCCGCUUUAAUCGCCACGCCGGAGUGUGCCUGGCCUUCUCUCCGCUCGUCCUGCCUCUGGACCACUAUCUACCCAACCAAACGUGCGGCCCGCCGCUGCAGCCCCUCGACCCGGAGGCCGUGGAGCUGUGCCUGGUGCCCGGCCCUCACACCUUCCUGCAGUUCGACAAGAACUUCGUGCAGCUGUGCCUGAGCGCUCACUCGAGCCGGGACUCUGAUGAAGGAGAGGAGAGGUCGCCGGAGGCCAAGGUGCCUCUGUCCGCCGAGACCUUGGACUACAGGCUUGUGGAAGUACUGCUGAUCAACAAUGAGAACUCCAGCCAGUUCACCUGUGGAGUGCUGUGCCGCUGGUUCGAGGAAUGCCUGCGCUCCGGUUGGGGAUCCGGCCGGGACAGCGUGGGCUGCAGCAUCACCCAGACGGGCUGCGUGUGUCCCAACACCGGCCCGCCUGUCCCCCUGCUGCCUGCCACCCCCCACAACCGCUCUGUGGACCCUAGCUCCAGCGUGCUGCAGCCUCCGCCAGACGACUGCUGCGUCACCCAGCUGCAUUCCAAGAAUGCCAUAGCCAUAGCGCCCAGGGACGUACGGCAAGAUCCCGACGACGAUGAACAGAAGGUGAAAACCCAGAGGCCCAGAUCAGCCGACGGGCCAGGAGUGUUCCAGGCUCAAACUGGUGACCCAGCAGCGGAGGAGUGGUCUCAGUGGAGUGUGUGUUCACUCACGUGUGGGCAGGGCUGGCAGGUGCGUACCCGUUCCUGUGUGUCCUCUCCGUACGGGACGCUGUGCAGCGGCCCGCUGAGAGAGACGCGCCUCUGCAACAACACUGCCACCUGCCCAGGUGAGCCUCAGCAUCAAGCAGUGGAGGGUCAGUGGUUGGACUGGUCUCCGUGGUCUAGGUGUUCUGUAUCCUGUGGUGUGGGAUCUCAGCAGAGGCAGCGGCGCUGCAGCGUUUCUGUGCACGGCUGGGCCGAGUGCAAGGGUCCACAUGCAGAAACACGGGACUGCACUAACCCGUCCUGCGGAGGUGGGGGAAACUGGGGGGCGUGGAAUCAAUGGAGCCUGUGCUCUAAAACAUGUGACUCGGGCUGGCAGCGUCGCUUCAGAAUGUGUGAGAGCACAGGAACCCAAGAUUACCCCUGUGACGGGGACGGGGAGGAGGUCCGCGCCUGCAACGACAAGAAGUGCCCAGCACCUCAUGAAAUCUGCAGGGACGAGUACCAGGUCUCCAUGACAUGGAAGAGAGCUUCAGCUGGAGAGACUGUCUACAACAAGUGUCCAUCAAACGCCACUGGAUCUGCUAGUCGUCGUUGUUUGCUGGAUUUUAAUGGAGUUGCUUACUGGGGUCCUCCGAGCUUCGCCCGAUGCAUCUCACUUGAGUAUAGAUAUUUACAUUUAUCUUUACGAGAGCAUCUUGCGAAGGGUCAGAGGACCCUGGCUGGGGAAGGCAUGUCUCAGAUCGUGAGGAGUCUCCUGGAGUUAAUGUCCCGUCGCAGCUAUUACAGCGGUGACCUCUUAUUCUCUGUGGAGAUUCUCCGAAAUGUGACGGACACCUUCAAACGAGCAACCUACAUCCCAGCUCCCGACGACGUGCAGAAAUUCUUCCAGAUAGUCAGCUUAAUGUUGGACAUGGAAAACCUCGAGAAAUGGGAAGAUGCUCAUCAGGUCUCUCCAGGUGCUGUGCUGCUAAUGCGAGUUGUAGAAGACUUCAUCCAUCUCAUCGGGGAGGCUCAGAAGCCUUUCCAGAGCUUUCUGGUCGUCACCACUAACCUCAUAAUCACCAUCCAGCGUGAGCCGGUGUCGGCAGUCUCCAGCGACAUCAACUUCCCUACGAAGGGCAGGCGGGGGAUGAAGGACUGGGCGCGGUCAGCGGAGGACAAACUCUUCAUCCCCAAAGAAGUCUUCACUCUGUCCUCCGACGAAUCAGAUGAGGCAUCUUACUUUGUCAUCGGCGCUAUCCUGUACCGCACCCUCAACUUCAUCCUGCCAGCGCCCAAAGAUCCGUUGGUGAUCAGCUCGAAGAUUCUGACAGUGACAGUACGUCCUCUACCCAAACCCACUGAGCCGGUGGUCGUAGUGGAACUGGCGCCUCUGCUGAAUGGCACGUCAGAUCCGCAGUGUGUCGUCUGGGACCAAAGCAACCCAGAGGCUGGCGAGGAAAUCUGGGACACGGAGGGCUGCCAAACACUCCCGUCCCCGGCAGUCCACACCAAAUGUCUCUGCAGCAAGAUCUCCACCUUUGCAGUGUUAGCACAGAAAGCUAAAGACCCGGACAUGGGACCCUCCAGCUUGCCAUCUGUACCCCUCAUGGUGGGCUGUGGAGUGUCCUGUACUGCACUACUGAUUCUGCUGCUUAUCUAUGCUGCCUUCUGGAGGUACAUUCGCUCAGAGAGGUCCAUCAUCUUGGUGAACUUCUGCCUGUCCAUACUGGCCUCCAACGUGCUUAUACUGGUGGGACAGUCCCAGACACUUAGCAAGCCAGAUGAAACCAGUCAAAUGACUCAGCCUGCAGUCAACAGUUCCGAUGUGCCCAUCAGUGAAGACGAUGAGGUGCUGUUAGCUUGGGGUUUAGACACUGAGGGGCUGUGCACUGUGACCGCUGCCUUUCUGCAUUUCUUCUUUCUGGCCUCUUUCUGCUGGGUGCUGACGGAGGCGUGGCAGUCCUAUCUUGCUGUGAUUGGCAAGAUGAGGACACGCCUCAUCCGCAAGCGUUUCCUGUGCCUGGGCUGGGGCCUGCCAGCCCUUGUUGUUGCUGUAUCUGUAGGAUUCACUAGAGCUAGAGGUUACGGCACAGCAAGCUACUGCUGGUUAUCUCUGGAAGGAGGGCUUCUCUAUGCUUUCGUUGGUCCCGCUGCUGUCAUUGUGCUGGUAAACAUGCUUAUUGGAAUAGUUGUCUUCAAUAAGCUCAUGUCUAGAGACGGAAUCUCAGACAAAUCCAAAAAGCAGAGAGCAGGUCCGCCGCUGGAGGCACGUAGCAGACUGCUCCUCAAAUGCUCCAAGUGUGGGGUCAUCUCCAGCACCGCUAUGUCCAGCUCCACCGCCAGCAGCGCCAUGGCGUCUUUAUGGAGCUCGUGCGUGGUGCUCCCCCUGCUGGCGCUCACGUGGAUGUCAGCAGUAUUAGCCAUCACGGACCGCCGCUCCACGCUCUUCCAGGUGCUCUUCGCUGUCUUCGACUCAGUCCAGGGCUUCGUCAUCAUCACUGUGCACUGUGCCAUGCGCCGAGAGGUGCAGGACGCAGUACGCUGCAGAAUGGGCGGCUGUAAAGAUGACAGCGAGAACUCUCCAGACUCCUGCAAGAACGGCCAGGUGCAGAUCAUGACCGACUUCGAGAAAGACGUGGACCUGGCCUGUCAAACAGAGAGAGGACAUCCAUUCAUUUUUAAGGAGGUGAACACCUGCAACCCGGCCACCAUCACCGGCACGCUGUCCCGGAUCUCUCUGGACGACGAGGACGACCCCAAGCUGGCGGCUCAUCAGGAGGGGGUCAACUUCAGCAGCCUGCCAGGGAACAUCCCGCCCCCCAACCUGCUGGUGCAGGUGCCCCCUCUGGGCCCCCUCAAUGAGCUCAACGAGCAGCCCCUAAAGAAGGAGGUAAACGUGGAGCAGGGGGGGCAGCAGCAGCGCCAGCGCUCCGCCCCCGUUUACCUGUGCACCGAGAGCGGACUUGGCUGGGCUCGGCCGCCCCCUAACGCCUCGGAGCCGGUGGGGGGUGGCGGUGGGGUAGCUGGGGAAGGGGACUACAUGGUCUUACCACGGCGAACAGUCAGCCUGAAACCUCCCCCUCCUCCACCCCAGGAUGAGGGCAAACCCCUCAAUAUUACAGUGGAAGACCCCCCUUUUCCUCCGCCCCCCUCGCCUCUGACCCUGCAUCCGGCCGAGAGCGAGGCCUACCCCGCGGACUUUGCCACCGUGGAUCACAUCAGCAUGAACCUGAACCGCUCCUACGGCACGCUCAAGCAGCUGCCCGCCCACGCCAACACUCACAACACGCUGCAGGUGAAGCAGGGCCGGCCGUCCGUCCGACACAUCCUCACCUCGGGCACGGUGGAGCGCACCAGGACCCUGCCCCGCAACAUCGGCAGCACCAACACCAGCCUCUCUGCAGGAUCCCUGGAAAGGAAAAGAGUACGGUACUCUGAACUGGACUUUGAGAAAGUGAUGCACACUCGCAAAAGACACUCAGAGCUCUACCAUGAACUCAACCACUCCAAGUUCCACACCAUAGAUAGGUAUAACAGGGAUCCUGCCAUGACCACAUUCAAGAGGGAAAAGCGAUGGAGCAUUUCGUCUGCCGGAGGUGAAAAGAACUCUUCGAGUGAUAAGUCCACCCCGGAAGAGCAGCGCUCCUGGGACAGCUUUAAGACCAUGAUCCCCGAGCCGUCGUGUGGCUCCGGUGGUCAGAAGGACAGAGUGGAGCUGCACAGUAAGACGUGGGACGCUCCCUCAGCAAACACUCCGGACACAUCCGAGGGAGACUUCCAGACUGAAGUGUGAGGAAAACACACACACACAAAAACACACGUCUCCAAACAAACACUCGUACACACACACACCUCAGUGGCGUGACUUUCUACCAAGAGGAGAAUCUAAAGGAUUAUACACUUGUUUACCGCUGACGGGACAGAACUAAAAAAAAAAAAAAAAGAAGAAUAUAAAAGACUAUUCUAUCCUAUAUUUUCACACGGACGCUUUCAAUGAAAGAAUCGGGGCUUGAAGAGUAUAUGGGGAGAAUUUUUAACAAACUGUUUCUGAAAUGUCUUGAUUUUACUCCGGAAAGGAUUCUCUUUCACCUGUUUGAUGAUUUGGAAAUUACAAGAAAACGAAAAAAGAAAAAAAGAAUAUUUCUGCACCAUUCUUUUUUUUUUAUAGAGAAAACGAAAAGAAAAAGAACUCUUACUGAUGUUUCGCACAGUGUUCAGCACCGUAGGGUUUUGUUCCUCCUUUCUGUCCUGUCUUUUCCUAAUGGAUGACUCAAGCUCUCUGCUUUUGGUUUCGCUUUUUUCAGGGGGAGGGGAGGGGAAGGGAAGUUUAAAGUGGUCCAUUAAUAUGUGCCAUCAUUUUCUUCUUUUUUUUUAAUCUGUCUUAUUUCUGGUUUUGUUUUGUUUUUGUUUUUUUAUACAGCAUUAAGCCUAUUGUAUUCACUCAAUCAAUUUAUGGAGUCUUCAUACUGAUUUUUUUUUUAUUAUUUUUCAUUUAGACUGUCCCUCAAUUUUUUUGGUUGAAUUCUUUUGCAAAAAAUGGAAAUACAAAACAAACAAAAAACAAUAAUAAUAAGAUGAACUAAUUUUUUUGGUUGUCGAGUUUUCGUGGAAGUAGGUUUUUUUAUUGUUUCUGCUGCUGUGUGAAUGUGUUCUAUAUUUAAUUUCAGAAAAUGACUGAUAGCAAUCAAAAAAUGGGUGUUCUUAAGAGUCAAAUGCUUAACAGAUUCAUGAUCGAAGGGACAAAAAAAAAAUCAAGCCUGUGUUUACCCUCUCUUCUGUUACGUUAACCUGCGGCUUAGCUAAAAAUGCAGAAAACGGCCGAAUGAACCGAGAAGAUGCGAUUUCUUCCCUUUUGUAAGAUACGGCCACACUCGCAGUAUCUCUUUGUUGCAUCGUCUGCCCAGCGCUUGCAGUGUUUAUUGAUUCUGGCUUGAUUCAGUAGCUACUAUCCCCCUUAAAACGGAGGAAAUAAGUCUGUCGCCAGUGACCCUAAACUAUCUUACCACAAAAGCCGUUCAUAAUAGAAGCUCAAUAAAAGAGUGUGUAAAGGGCCGGGAUUUGGCGUGACAACAGAGCCUGCAUCAACAAAAACAGAGCAUCCAUCACCAGAGCUGAGGGGGAUUUAUUAGUCUGAGUCAAUAGCUUUAUUCUGGAGUGAAGCACUCAUGGUUUAAGCAUGCAAGCAUCCAGAUCACCUUAAACUGGAAAGAAACAGGCAGCCCCCGCAGGCCUGCCCCAGCUAAGUGAUCGAUAUCCGGACUGAGCUGAAGCAGGACAGAACAGCACCUCUUUUACUUCACAUGAAAGCAGAGAAGGUCAAACCUUGAGCCAAAAUAAUCUUUCCCAACACAGAUAUGCACUCAGCAGUCUCCAGUGAGUGGACGGGAGCUUAUAUAACGUCGGCUGCACUGCAAAAGAAAAGUGAUGCACUGAGUUUACUUCAAAGGUAUACAUCUUAUCCACAUGAAUAAAAUAUGCUGCACCAUCAUUGCUAUUGCUAAAAGUAGCAGUAAAAUAUAUAAACUAAAACUAAAUCAAUUAAAACAACAGAAUGGUACGUGCACCAUACUUCCAAAAGUUUGCUUGUGCUGUGUUUCUUAUGGGAUAAAGAAUAUUAAUAGAAGAGUUUGUUUCCAAUCUACAGAAGUAACAGCCUCUGCUACUCUGAGAAGUGAAGAAGGCCUUACUGUGAGAAUUUGAUUGCAUUCAGACCAUUAGUUGGAUAAGAUCUGGAUCCAGAUCAAACCCAACCAACAUAGUAGUAUUUCAACUCAUCAUAAAGUCUUACCUUAGAGAACAGCUUGGGAACACCCACACCUGUAUAAGAUGUGAGGUGUUAUAUUGUGAGUGACAUUAACCCUGUCCAGUGUCCAGCAAGUUCGAGCGUUUUGUUUUCCUAUUUUCUGCCUAAUUCACAUGGCCAAUUAUCACUAGUACUAGCACAUCCGACUCCUCCGACACACCUGAAGUCAGCCACCGCCUCUUUUUGAACUACUGCUGAUGCAACCUUGCUGAGUAGCAUCACAGUGCGCUCGGAGGAAAGCGCAGUGGCUUGGUUCCGAUACAUCAGCUCACAGACAGAUGCCUUGUGCUGAGUGACAUCACCCUUUGGAGUGAAGUGGGGAAAGAGUGCCAUCUACCCUCCCAGAGAGAGCAAAUCCAAUUGUGCUCUCUCAGGACUCUCAGGCAAGCUACAUAAACAGGAUUCGAACCAGCUCUCUCCUGAUCAUAGUGGCAGUGCUUAGCCCGCUCAACCACUCGGAUCCCAGUUCGAGCGAGUCCUGAUAGUGGGUACCAGAUGGAUGGGACAUUGCAUUUGCAAAGUUGUGCUGGAAUUUAACAUUUCUUAAUCAAUAGAAUCACAUGUGUACCACAAUAGAAUAGAAUGUAAUAGACAUUCAAUAUGUCAGUGAACUGUUCCAUUGCUCCCCACCCAUUGAUGGAGGUCCUUAUAUCCUAAGCAUACCAUUUUAUCUUAGUGUACAGUGGUUCAGCAAUAGCUCAGGAAGUGGUUGCAUUACCUGAAACCACUAAUCUGUAGUAAUUGCCUGCGCCUGAAUACUUUUAGACAUAUGAUGCAAUUCUUUUCCUAAUUAUUCCAUAAUAAAGUAAACUCAGUGCAUUAAAUUCUUUCCAUUCAGUUUUUAAUUACCAAGCGACAUACUUCCUUCGCACUGGCUUUUAGAAAGUCGUAACCACCUUCUCCUCCAGUUUGUCUAACAUGUCUAACAUUGGGCCCACCCGCAGCCCACCAAAGAGUUAUACUGAGCACAGUGCUGAUAAAACACUGUCGGCUUCCUUAUUACCAUUACUCCACUUCCAAACGCUGCAUCUGCUGCUGCUGCUGCUGAAUUCGACAUUAGCAUCAGCGCGAGUGUGUCUCCUGAUUAUCUGCGAGUUCGCUUCCAGACCUGCCAGGCUUUAGCUGAUUCAACCUUAUCUGUUUAUGCCGAGACUCCGGCGCUGAAACAGGCUCCGGCUUAAUGCUGAGUCGAGCGUAGAGGUCAUCUGCGCUUUUCUCCUUUUCAUUGUCUGCAACUCAUAGCAAUUAGGGCAGGUUGUGUAGGAUGAUGUAACUGCAGAUGGAGGCUCAGGGAGAAAGGGAGAUAAUUACCUUGGGGCUGACAAUUUGUCCUGACAUUUUCGAACUUGGUGCAACAACCAUCUGCUCAAAGAGCCCUGAAGCCAGCACAUCAUAUAGACACAGGCUCCAAGACAAGACCACGCCACUUUAACCUUUGGAGGUAAUCCGCAGUAAUGGAGAACACGGCCGAUCCUCUUCAUUUCGCAGGAAAUAACCCCCUACCACCGCUGAUUAAAACUACUCUCCCUCUUCAUUUUCUCCGCAGUUCUGAGUUGAGAAACGAUGAUAUUGCGGGCCCUCGUUUAUUUUGGGCUAUAGGUUGUUAAUGUUCAAGAGGCCCCUAUUAUUCAAGGACUCUCAGUCUCUGUUGAGUCAAACCACUUCGGUGUCAUUAGCAUUGCCUUGAGUUAUAAGUACACUAAGCCAAACAGGUAAGUGACCCGCUCCUGUUUUUUUUUUUUUUUUUUUUUUUUUACACUACUUCGUUCAUUUAUCACGGAGCCACACGCUCCCCCUACUUCAUAAGCAGUGCCUACCUUUCUCUCUUUUUUCUCAGUUUCUUUGUGAUCACUGCGCUCUUCAUUUCCGAAGCUCUGUGUAAUAUCGAGUGGGGUUUCCUCUCAUUCGAUUUCAUCCGAGGUUCAAAUCCCAAGGCUCCACACGCUCCCCACCUGAUGGAUAUCUGACUCGGCUGUCGGCUGUGUAGCGCGUCGACAGCGCUCUUUUUAAGCUGUGCACAAUUUGUUUUUUCUUCUUCAGCAGCUCUGUUAUCCGUGUCCAGUUCGUCAUGUACUCCAGGUUCCAGGUUUAUUAAAAUCAUUGCAGCAUUCUCAAUGACCUUGCACCCAGACUGCCCCAUACCUUAUUGAUGCAUUUUGGAUAUGGAUAUAUGCUUGACAAUUGCCUUACAGUCAAAUUUAUUUUAUGAAAUAUGUAUUUUGAAUAUGUGCGUCUGUAUGUAUGUAUGUGAGUGUGUGUGUGUGUUGUGUCAUGAAUGAUUGACAUGAAACGACCCUGCCCAUGUCAUUAUACAAACACUAUACAAGAAAAUACACGCGUUCCCGGAAUCAUGAAGAUGUUUUCCACAUUACAUCAUCAUCAUCAUCUUAGUCAUUAUCAUCGUUAUCAUCGAAGCUCUGGCGUUUCCUCCAACCAACCAGCACCCACAUCAUCUCAUACGCUUGGAACGUUGACUGUCACAGAAAGUCCCCUUUGCCCCAUUUAUUUUUUUUUAUACACAAGAUUGUACAAAGUAGUCCUCUACUGUUUUCAUAGAGUGUCUUUUUAUAUGAAAAUAAAUUUUCAAUCUGA